AUGUGGGUGACUAAGCCUAAGCCUUCUCCCACAGUUCACUCGCUGCCCAACCUGACGGUGCUAAGCUUGAGUGGUUGCAGCAAGAUCACGGACGACGGGGUGGAGCUCAUCGCUGAAAACCUGAGGCGACUACGCUCUCUGGACCUCUCGUGGUGUCCUCGCAUCACUGACGCCGCCCUCGAGUACAUCGCCUGCGACCUCAACCAGCUCGAAGAGCUCACCCUCGACAGAUGCGUGCACAUAACAGACAUCGGAGUGGGCUACAUCUCCACCAUGCUCUCACUCUCCGCGCUCUUCCUCCGGUGGUGUUCGCAGGUCAGAGACUUCGGCGUCCAGCACCUGUGUUCCAUGAGGAAUAUCCAGGUCCUCUCCCUGGCUGGUUGUUCGCUGGUGACGUCAGCAGGCCUGUCCUCGCUGGUCCAGCUGCGCCAUCUGCAGGAGCUGGAGCUGACCAACUGUCCUGGAGCCACGCCAGAACUCCACCACCACCUUCACCUCCACCUCCCCAAGUGCCUCAUUAUUGAGUAGCUACACACACACACACACACACACACGCACGCAAACACACGCAAACACACACACGCACUCACACACUACAGUAUUAGGACUCGCAGUCACAGAAAACGGGUCAAAAAUGUUAAGCAAAGGGUGCACUUAAGCCAAAUUCGUCUCCACCCUUCAAAAGAAAACGGGUUAACACGUCAAGAAAGUAGGUCGUUCUCCCCCCAACCCAUCACACAGGAAACGGGUGUAAAGACAGAUAUUGUUGUCUUGAAUUGGCAGCCAAUCAUUGAAUUACUGGUGUAGUAAUUCGUUAUCAGUGUUGUGAUAAUGUGGAUGAGAGGUACAAUUCGUACAUAAACUUGCCCCCCUGUACCAAUUGUCUAUGUAAACUGAAAACAAAACAUAAAAUAUAUUUGCACAGCAUAGUAAGCCUAAUUUAUAUUUAAAUGUGAUAGAUUUUAUCAUAAAUACAGAAUUGUGUAUAUAUGUACACAGAAAAAACACAUUGUAUGAACAAUGAUAAAUGAAAAGGAUCAGACGCAAAAGUCUGAUAAAGACGGUUGACAAUGAUUUGUAAAUAUAAAUGCUACAACAUUUCAUUUCACAGAAAAAAAAUAAUGCAUGAACCACUCAAAUCUGAGAAGAAGAUAUUCCAUUUUAUGUACUUAUUACCAUUUAUUUGAUUGUAAGAGCAUGUAAGUGUGGAGUGAAGCGGAGGACGCGUCUACAAUAAUCCUACAACAAUCCUACAAUAUCUUGGCUUUUGAAGCAAUUCACUCAAGAACUACUGUACUUGAUGAAUGUCUUUCAGGUACGUAGUUAAGCCAUAAUUCUUCUAGUUACCUAUUUACACAUUCUGUCUUCAGACAAAGUACAAUCGGUAUCAAGUGAUGACUAUUCUAGCCCUCAAAAUUGUCACAGAUACCCAUUAUAAAAACGUUAUCCAAAAUAUCCCUGGUUCUCACACCAGCCACCUGUGUUAUAUGUUCUGAGGUGGGGAUGUUCACCCGGGUGUUCAUCACGCCCAUGUGAAGAACACCCUCAAGAGUUAUUCCUGUGGAUGUCAUCAUGUGUGUGUUUAAAGAAGCGACAAUGAUGAUCUUGUCAUACUUCAUUCUCAUGUUGGGUUUCUCAGCUUCUCUCUCUGGCAAGACUGGCGAGACGAGAUUGCUUCUGGAGUCCACCCGGUUAUUUUUGUUUGGAUUUCUUCAUUAAAAUGCUAAUAUAGUACAGUAUGUUAAAAAAAAUUCUAACUUGAGCAAAAAUAUUGCAAUUUAUAUUUUUGUGGGAAAUUUAUUAAACUGGUGCAAAGAAAUUUUGAUAUUUUUGUCAAUGAUAUUAAGGAAAUUGGCAGAUUAGUGUUUAUUUAAAUACUUUGUUUAUAAAUCAAAAUACUGUAAGUGAUGCUUAACUUUAAGAGUUGAGAGAGAGCAACUAAGAGUUUCUUAAGGUGUGUUGUGUGGUUAUAGAAGACUGUACCUGUUUACUGUGUAGAGUUUGCUCUGGAGAGAAGCAUUUGGGCUAGUCAGUAAAUGUACCUAUCAUGAAUUUUCAGAAUUAAAUGGUAGUUGUAAUGUUGCGCGUUGCGCAUACUGUUUAUGUUAUCAUUCUAAACUGCUGAGAGCACCUGUACUCACACGAUUUAAACCUAAACAUGCAGACACAGCAGAUAGUUCCAACAAUAGUGUUAUGACGGCUCUUGCCGAAUGUAAACAUAGCCCCAAAUUGUUAGUUGUAUAAUGUACAUUAUAUGAUAGCCUGUUAUCAGUAUCGAGAUUCUGCCAUGAAAGCUUCAUCAAUCAUGGGAUGUACAGUUACUGACAUUGAAAUGUUGUUAUGAUCAUGAUAACCAAACCAAAUUAACAACAUCUUUAUUUUUCUCAUCUUGUCAAUACCGUUAUACAAAACUGCAUUACAAAUUAAAAUUAGAAGCGAACACACACACACUUCUCUUUAAGGAGAAGUAAGAGUUCGUUUAUGGCUGGAGUUAAAUAUGCCAGUUGUUUCAACAAAUAAUAUUAGGGAGUGUGUGCAAUAACUGUCAGAAGCUUGCCCUUAAACAAGCUUAUAUGCUUCAUGUUUUACUACAAACUUUUGUAUGGUAUAAAAGUUAAUUUGUUUCAGAUUUCUGCAAAGUAUAUUCUGCUUUGUGAUAGCUUUAAAGUCAUAUUCAAGAAACUUGAGGGAUCCGAAGCUGAACCAUUUUGUGGAAUAUUGCGUCAAGCACAGGAAGCUAUGAUGUGUUAAGUCAUGUUGUGCAACAUUCCACAUUUAUGCCAUUCAUUGUGUGGCUACCAAGUUUGAUGUAGCUUUUUAGUCAGGGUAUUUGUAAUGCAUGUUGCAUUAUUGACCAAUUGUCGCCCAAGGUGACCAUCAACCAUAUUAUUAAAACCCUAUUUUUGAUGGUUAAUGUCCCGAACACUUGGGCGACCAUCAACUAUAUUAUUAAAAACUUUUUGUUGAUGGUUAAUACGCCAACCACGAGUCUCGUUACAUAUUAGAAUAAUAAAACAUAUUUGACGAUCACACACAAAAAAAAAGAGAUCUCAAAAUAAUAAUGUGUUGAUUCUCCAAAUACUCAAAAGAAAUCUGCAUUAUGUUGGGAAAGUUAUGGUUGGGCAUAGGCCAACUGGACUAAAGUUUUUAAUGUAUUUGACUGGACAAUACUGUCAUCUGGGCAAUACUGUUAUCUCUCUCCUCCCAACCUGUUCACAAUACUCACCAUAACUGAGUCAUUUCCAUCCACUUUGUACUAUAAACUAAUCUAUGUUGGUUGACUAAAGCUAUAAUGACACUUGUUAAUUAUGAGAGAAGAGGAGUCACAGAUUGUACCAAAGUGAGAAGACAUAUUAUAUAUCUUGUCACGAGUUCUACCCAGCAGUAGAGCCGAGUCUUAACCCCUGCCGUGUGGCACGGCUUCACCAGUCCAAAUGAUGUAAAUAUUUACCCAUGAUCUACAUGAUUUGUAAUGUUAAUGGAGUGUGAUGCAGU